UUCAAAACAUUCGUCAGGGAAAUCGGAGACACAAAUGUGACAUUUAAACCUCAAAAGUUGGCUUUGUCUACCUUGUGGUGCCAUGCUGUUCCUAAAGUUGUUGCUUUUAGACACAAGGUGUCACUAGCGUGUUACGUUGCAAGCCAAUGCCAGCUAACCGUUACUCUCCAAACUGCUUAGACUCAGUUUCAGCUCACAUCUCACCAGCAGCAAUAUGAAGGUGGGGUAAUGCCAAAGAUGCCAUUUUAAAUCAUGUCGAUGAUCAAUCUACCUGCAGGUGGACAGCACAUUGAGCAGGAGAGUCUAUCCACGAAGCCGGGGAUGGCCAUGUUUCAGGACAAAGUAAAACAAACAUAGUUGCUGAGGCAGCCACUUAAAUGGAAACCAACUAGAUUCGAAUUCAAGCUGACAGGAAUGAUCGAGCGAUGUAGGGGGCCGGUGCAAAUGCACCGUCUGACGUUUGUGGGUUUCAGUUGUAGAUGUCAGUCACACUCUCCUGCUUAAUGUAAUGAAUAAUGUGCAAUGACGGAUUAGGCGGAGCAGGCUCAGGACUUCAAAGUUAUGCAACUCCUAAUAAAAGAAUUUGGAAAGCAGUGGAGGUUAUGUGAGUGCUUUUAGCACUUACAUCACUUUGACUGAUUAAACAAUUAUCUUAACAAUUCAGGAGACACCUCAGGGAAACCUAGACUCCAGUUACAUUCUUGAGGAAUUAGGCUGUUUAUCCCUGUUAUUUAUUAAUGAUGGAUCAAAGACUGUCAUGGAUCAAGGGGCCGUUGCCAGGAAACUGUGGCAAACUGAAGAAAGGCCAUGAGCACAGAGAGUGGGGCCUGUCAUCUGGCCUCAUGCAAGCAUCUCAGAGACGCGUCACAGCAGGUGGUUGACUUGUGGCCGUUGCAGACGGUCAUUAAUUCUCAAAGGUGGUGUGUGUUGAUAAUAACAGUUCCCAGUUUCAACAUGCAGUGUUAACGUCUCCUCUCUGACCCUGAUUUGUAUUUUUAGCUCUCAGACCUUAUGAACGGCCUGAUCGAUGAGAGAAUAUCACUUGACAACCUGCAGAAACUGAAACUAGCAUUUGAGGACUUUGAAACGGGUGGCUUGAGAUGCAUCGAUGCGAAGAAUUUUGGACGUCUAGUGAAGAAGUGUUUGGGUUUGCCUGACACAAGCAAUGAGCAGAUCCAGGGGUUAUUUAAGAAGAUAGAUUAUUCAGGCCAAGGAAGAAUUUCAUGGGGUCAGUUCUGCACGUACAUGCUGCAGGAGUACAAGGAGAAGGAGGAAAGUGCGAAACGCAGUAAACAGGUGGCGUUUACUCUGCCAGCCACCACGAAGGCGUUGGGACACGGUAUUCCCAUUGUCAACAUCCACUCCGACCAUGAUGGCACCAUCAUAACAGUGCGAGAGGACAGUGCUGUUUGCUUCUGGAGCCCUGAGCUGCAACCCCUGAAGACCAAGCACCUAUUUACCGAAGGACCUGCCAACAGGAAGUCAAAGUGGGCAAGUGAUUUCACUCUGAUGACCGAGUACAACAAGCUGAUGAUUGCGACAGGGGACAGGGAGAUUCAGCUUUAUGAUCUGUCCACUCUGGAGCCGUAUUGCCAAAUCAAUGCACUAGACACGGUGCCUCUGACAUUAUACUACGGCUGCACUGGUCCUGAUAAAUGUUGCAUUUUGUAUGGAGACACUGAGGGAUGUGUGACUAUCAUUUUGAUAUCUUCUGUUGGAGAUACCCUCAGAUUAUGGAAUAAAUUACCAAAGGUUGAAAACAUUCCCAACAUAGUGAUUGACAACGCGGCGGUCUCGCCGAACGUGACAUUUGUCAGAUGGAAGGUUCAUCAUGGCUGGGUGACACAGGCAAAAUAUUUUCCAAGUUUCCAAGCUGUUGUCUCCUCAUCAAAUGAAGAAUCUUCUCUCGUUCUAGGCUGUGUGCUGCCUCUAACAGACGCGGAGCAGCAGUUGAGUGAGAUCAGAGAGGCCUGUUACGAAGGUAAGACCAAGAAGGUCCAGAUGAGCUGGACUCCGCAGAUCCGGGCAUCAUGUGACCAGACAGUUUUCACUGUUCACAAAGGUGUCAAGACCUUUGACCUUUGUCAAAAGCACAGCUUGUUGGUCACUGGAGGCAUGGACAGACUCAUACGAAUGUGGGACCCCCACUUUUCUGGGAAACCAACUGGCAUUUUGAAAGGCCACUCUGCUCCCAUCGUCCACCUCUGUAUCUCCUCUGAGGACAGCCAAAUCUUCUCUGUGUCCACUGACAGCACGGUGAAGAUCUGGGAUAUUCAAGACCAGUCUUGCCUGUUUACAGCAGACCCCAAAGCGAGCGGGAUUCAUGGUGACAUAUCUGCAUGCUCGUAUUCGUCCGCAAUGAAAUCUCUCUUCAUCGCAGCAGACUGCAUGGCAGUGCUCUCACUAAAGAUAAGGCCACAAUUUUGCAGCCGCCUGACAGUUUCGCAUAAUAAGCCUGUAAUGUGCUGCGGCUACAGUCAGGAGUUCCGUCAAGUUGUCAGCUGCACUGAAGGAUCUGUAGUAAAAGUCUGGGAUUUUGACACUGGGCGUCAGGUCUUUGAGUUUGGUGGCACACGGGAUCUGUCUGCCAUCACAUGCAUGACGUUUGACCUGAGAGGGAGGAGACUCAUCACAGGUGGAAGAGAUGGAUGUUUAAAGAUCUGGAACUUCAACAAUGGUCAGUGCCUGAAGACACUCAAGAAGGACGGUGAGUGUAACGAGGUGUGCGACUGCAUCUUUCUGAAAGUUAACAGGAACUCCUAUGUGAUGUCUGUCGGCCGGGACCGGAAGAUUGACAUUUACUCAGAUAUACCUGAGGACCUUCGUCAUGUCCAGAGGCCCCAGCCUUCGUGGGAGGAUGACCUGAAGAAUGGCCAUAAUGAGGACGUCCUUUGUGCGGCGCAGUGUCCUCCGUCCCUCCUGGCCACCAGCAGUUAUGAUGGAGAGAUUAUAGUGUGGAACGUCGUUUCUGGACGUAUACAGUGUCGGUUUGUCACCCCUCAUGCAGCUGAAUACCAAAGUGCUGAAGGACUGGACUUAAGUGUUCCCAGCAUCAUUUUCCUCAAGAACCUCAAGGUUUCUUCUGCGACAGCUCUCCUGUCUUCUGGAGCCGUGGGUUGUAUAAAUAUCUGGCAAGUGCUCCGUGGAGGAAAGUUUGUGAGCAGCUUCAAAGCCUCUAGAUUCCAGCAAAAGAUUACAAAACUGGCUAAAACAGACAAGGACACACUGCUGUAUGCUGCUGACCAAAUUGGUUACAUCUACGUUUACAACAUGAACAAGUAUUCCCCAGAGCAAAAAUCACCAAGAGCUGAAACCUUCUGGCGUGCUCACACAGGCAGAGUUUCUGGCCUGCAGAUUGUUGACAAUGAUCAAGUGGUGCUCACCUCAUCAACAGACCACACUGUGCGUCUUUGGAGUACACGUGGUGAAUUCAUAGGGACCUUCGGACAGUCUGAGAGCUGGAGCAUCCACAUCUCGUCCUCCUGGAUGCACCCUGCGGUCCCUUAUGAGGUUCUGAUUCAUCCUCUGAGUAUGCCAGAUCAUGACAUUUUAAACGUAAAAACACACCUCACUGAUGCAACCAAUCCCGACAAGGCCGAGGCCGACAGAGGGGAGCUACAGUCAGCGAGGCACAGUAAGUUGAGAACUCGUCCGACAUCCAUCAGUGACACAGACUUUGAGGAAGAUUAAAAAUCACAUUUUACCAACAGGAAUACACGACUGGACUCUUGUCAUAAAAUUGCCAGGCAUACUAACAAGCUAUCGAACCACUGCGCUGCUGAAAAGCUUUGAUACUUUGGAGCCACCAAACACCAGUGUAAGGCCUGACCCCUCUCUCGCUCUCUUGUAUUGAUCCUCUCAUAAGCAGCACUGAGCAACUGCAGUCAACUGAAUGAGAUUGGACUGUAUUGAUCACACUUGGGGAACUGCAACAUCCAAUUUCAUAAGAACAGAGCAAGCGCAAAUAAAAUACCUUGAAAUAAUAAUGAGAAUUUUGAGUAUAUGUGAUCACACACAAUGGGUUUUGGUCAUAAAAAGUUAAAAAGAAAUAUUGAAAGAAAGUGUGAAUACGUAGGCUGCAACAUUAGGGUGCUUUGAAUUGAGAAAUAAAAGCUUGGUCAGGGCGUUUUUGCUCAAACUUCCGGCUGUCCUCCUUCGCAUGUUGAAACACCCAACUGAACACAUCUCAGUGUUGGUAUGAAGUCAACCGAGAAGGCGUGGGGAACUCAUUACCAUUAAACAAGAGCAGCAGUGACAUUUAUGACUUCAGGCUGUGAGGCACAUUUUCCUCAGUAUUCCUGAGACUUAUGUGAAACAGUUAAGAAAGGGGUUUUCUACAAAAAUGCACUAUUGUGUGAUGGAUUAGAAAUUGCUCAUGUGGAUAUUCUCUGUAGUCAAAUACUUGUAAUUAUAUUUUACAGAUACUUCAUUCUUAAUGUGGCGACAUCCAAAAUGUUUGUGUUUAUGAUGGAUCACAUUACUGCUUGCAUGUGGAAAACAUCCCUCCUACUGAUUCGGAAGUUCCUCUCAACUCUACAAAGCUUUAUAGCAUUUGCUUUAGUGUCCCUCAAACAUUCAGUUUUGGUUCACUCUCACAUAGCGUUUUAGGCCACAGCAGCCAGAUGUUCAAAGAGAAAAGUUAUAAAAACUGACUGUACAGCAUUUAGAAUUAAUUUGAAGAGUCAGAUGUUUCAGCCUGGUCUCACCAAAAGGUCAAUUUAAUUUCAGAGGGUCAAUUCAUGUUUAACCAUCACAAAUUUUUGCAUUUCACGCCACAUAAUUUCUGCAAUGACUAACCUCUAUCCCUCCCAGCCCCGGUCAAAAUAGCCUUAAAGGACAAUUAGGAAUAUACAGCAGUAAGUUUCAUGCAAAACGCUUAAAAUGCAUUAAUGAAGGUUUUCUUCAUAACUUUCAUGAAUUUGACAAAGUGAAGGAUCUAUCUGAUGCUGGAUUUUACCACAUUAAAGACCACCUGUUAGACUUUGAUGAAGUGGACAGAGACUGUCAUGAUUGCUAAUCAGAGUACACACUAAUUCGCAGGGGCAGUUACAUCUAAGAACAUGACAAUAAAGAAUAAAAGUAAUAUAGAGGUGGAGAAUUUUUGUUAUAGGUAGGUGGAAAGUGAGCCAUGCUCUAUGAGUGUGACAUGAAAGAAAUAAAAUAAGGUAUAUUGUACAGUGAGUGCAUGCAAUUUUGCACAGUCCAUCAAUAAUUUUUCCCAAUGUUAUUUAUAUUUGUUGGGCCUCCAUUCAUUGAAAUCAUAGCCACAGAGCUUUUGAAAACCUGCAAUUUAUCAUUCCCUGUUCACACAAACACCAUGCAGCACUCCCCAUCCUGAGGGUGUGUGUGUGGGUGAGCAAUUUAAUGUUAACAAACAAUAAGAGUAACCAAAGGGAGGUUAUACACACCACUUUUUUUUUUUUUUGAUUGCUGCAAAUAUUACAACCUGGCCCUGUUACCUAAUUGCCCACAUAGAAUCACAGCAGUGGGAGCUGAGAAUUAUUCAGAAAUAGUCGCCUAUAGAGGGAAGGAGAGAACUGUAAUUUUGAAAGUGGAAGUCAGAAAUCUUGGGUGGGAAAACUCUUAAUUACAGGUCCGAGCUCUCCACAAGUCUACAUAGUUACACCCAGUGUGAUGUUGAAGUGAAAACCAUCUUCUCAUAGGAUGAAAUAUGUUAUUCAUUACAUUCAUAUUCUUACAGUUCUGUGGAGAUCUUUUUUAAUAUAUGUGUCAGGAUCCGCCUCUUUCCCCUUGUUCUCCUGCCUCCCCUUCCCUCUUCCCUCUUGCCUCUGUACUCUGUACUCUGUACUCUGUACUCUGUGUGUGUGUGUGUGUGUGUGGAGCUGGGCGUCGCCAUGGUCUCCGCUCUCCUGGAUGCAACCAAGCCUGCACAGCUGCUGCCACUCCUGCCAUCCUCUCACCUUCAGUCUGCAGUAUUUAAGACCGGCUCAUUCUUCCACUCGUACAGUCACCUUCCGUGGUAUUACGUCAGGUCUCAGUUUGUUUCAUGUGAUUAGAUCAAACUUCCAUGUUUAAGUCGACUUACCUUGAUUCCUGUUUUUUGCUCUCUUUCCUC